AUGAGCGAUAAACAACGACCAUCCAUUGCCUUAUCAGUUGGUUUGAAGGGAGUCGCUGCUGCGUCAAAAUUUAAAGGAUUACUGAACCAACCAAGUCUAAGCUCUUUCUCAAAUCCGGAGGAUGUCAAAGAAGAACGAAUUGAAAUUCAGAAUCUUUUGCGAUUAGAAGAUUUGGAGAAAUUACGUUCAGAAGGAUUUUCUGGAAACAAAUCGCUGAAUAAAGAACAAUUCAUCUCAUUUUUAAGACAAGCUUUGCCGCGUGGAACUAAUAGAGAUUAUGAUGAACUAUUCGAAGCCGUAGAUGUGACAAAAGAAGGUCGUAUCUCAUGGGAUAAUCUAGCGGAAUACAUCGUCUUGAAAUUAACUGAUAGUGAUGAUCGGCAAAAAGCAACGACCAUACCUAGUUGGAAAGGUGGAAAAUCUGCCAUCAAUUCCCAUCGAGAUUCGAUCAAACGUAUUCAACAUAUGGAUAGUUUGGGUCGAUAUAUAUCAUUGAGUCGAGAAGGAACGAUUUGUAUUUACGAUGAUGAUAUGCAGCUUUUUAAAUCAAUCUCAGCGUCAACUGAAAAUUGUAAAUCGAGAGAUUUAUGGAUAACGGAUUUUGCGCUCAUGCCGAACAACAGCAAAAUAGCAUUAGCGUACACAUCAAAAGAAAUCAUUAUUUUUGACAUGACACCAAAAUUAGAAUUGAAUUUAUCCUAUCGAAUCGUUGGAAUGGAAGGAACGCCUUUCUGUUUGGAUUAUUGGUUUGAUCCAGAAAAUUUGAAUGAUGCCAUUUUGAGUUGGGGUGAUGUGAAAGGAAACGUUCAUGCUAUCUUUUUCAACUCCGCUGUAAUUGCUUUGAUUGAACGACCUGCCAGACAAACAACUGAUGCAGAAUAUAAAAAAGUUCAAUUAGCAGAUAUAGCAAAUGGAAAUUAUAAGAAUGCAUCCUACGCAACAUAUCACGCGCAUGGCGAAUGGACUCGGAAAGUUAAGUAUGUUGAACAUCUGGAAUGUUUUGUCUCGUGUUCGACAGAUGCGAAAACGGCGCUGGUGUUUGCUUGGUUGGAAAAAUCUGGAUUAACUGUUCGAAAUCCGGAUAUUAUUCGCGAUCGAAGUAAUUAUUCCGUUCGUGUCCGACGACUACGUGAAGGAAGGAAUACAGUAUACAUCGAACAAGGCGUCAAUUCAUUUGAUUACUCGAGAAAUUUCAAUCUAAUUGAAACAGUACUUUCAUUUCUCUACAUUUCAUUAAUCUCUUUAGCAACUGCUGGUGCGAAUUGUCAAGUUCGAUUAUGGAAUCCAUUCGUUCUGUCUAAACCAAAUGGAACGUUGAUUGGUCAUAUGCGAUCUGUGCUCUUCGUACAGUUCAUUCAUAGUCGUGCCCAAGUGAUAAGCUUUUCCAAAGAUAAAAUAUUACGUAUAUGGGAUGUUCAAUUACAAAUCUGUCUUCAACGUUUAGCGAAUAUAUUUCCACGUGGACCCGAAGGUAAGAAGCGACAUGCAAAAGAAAAGGCAAAGUAA